UUCACCCAAAGCUGAAAAUCAAAGCGAGCCCUUCAUGAGAACCAUGAUGGCCGCCUGACAAUCAGAUUUCUCAAAGUGACACUGUUUUUAUCAGACGAUGAAUGAUUUCGUCGGGAAUUUAUAAUAAUUGAAUCUCGGACUAGCGGUAUAUUUUCAAUUUACACUGUGCUGAUCGACAGACGACUGUUUACAGCGAAAGGACUCGUGUGGAGUGGACGCAUUUCCGAAUCUAUUGUGUUCUUGUGGGCUUCACUCUGACCAAACGACCGAACUGCUGGAUUCGAUUCUCGAAAUUCUUAGUUGGCAAUACGAUGACCAUCUGAUUUCGAUGACAAGCUGUGCAACUAGUUUGAAACCAAGUUUUACACUGUUUAUACUCAUUGUUGUAUUAUUUUAUUCAUUUGCAUUUCAUCAAAUUGUUUGUGAUGAUGGCUGCUAGCAAUGUGAAUUCAAACCACAGCUCAGCUCACUUGUCAAAAUCAAAUGCCACGUUUGCUGCAACCAAGACCACAGAACAAACCAAUGCCAUGGAUAUCGAGCAGCUUCAACACAUGAUUAAUUGCACUGUGAAGAAAAACCCAAAAGCUGAAUUAAGCAAAUCUGACUUGCUUCGUCUGUUGGGCUACCUGGAAGGGGAGCUUCAAGCCAGAGAUGUGGUGAUUGCAACAUUGAAGGCUGAACGCGUUAAACAGCAAGUCAGCCAUGCUCGUUAUGGACGCAUUCUGCCCGUCAACGACCCGUUCAUCGCUCUGCAACGUGAUUCACGCUCUGCCACAGUUGGUGGUUCGUCUACCGACGACACGGCUCUUUUAAAAGCUGUUACCGAAGGUCCUAUGGCAGCUCUGGAAGCCCUGGUAGUCCAACAUAGAAAUUCUCACGUUAAUCUCAUUCAAGCCAUGCAAGACGCCGAAGCACGCCACUCACAGGUGCUUCGUGAAUUAGACGACGAGAGAAGGAAGCAUGAGCAUGACACUGCCCAAGGUGACGACAUCACUUACGGAUUGGAAAAAGAACGGACGAGACUUCGGGAGGAACUGGAGGUGGAGAAGCAAUCGAAGAAGAAACUCGAUAAGGACAUGAAAAAGUUGCAGGAAACAUUGGACGAAGAACGGCAGAGACAAAAACAAAUUGUUUUGUUGUUGUUGGCUGAGCGCAAAAAACUCAUUCUCAAAUACGUCGAAGAAAGGAAUAAAUCAGAAGACUUGGCUCAGAUCCUGGGAGAGGAGAAGGGACGGGUCGACACGAUGGCUGAAGGUUUGGAAGAAGAGAGCCAAAAAGCUUUGCAAAUGGAGGCAGAGUUAGAGAAACAGCUGGCUCUGUUUGACACUGAAAGAGCCCAACUUAAAGCCCAGCUGCAACGCGAAGAAAAGAGGACUAAGGAACUGGAAAUGAUUAUUGACAAACUUCACACAGAGGUCGACAACCUAAAGAAACAACAAGCAGAAGCUCACCAAGUGGCCAUGUUCCAAGCUGGACUCAAUCAGCCCAAUAGUCCUCCCAGAAUUACCACAACCAAUCGAAACAGCUUACCCCCGGGAACUUCGACCCUUAUAUCUCCAGCUGGAGGUGGCGCCAUGGGACCCCAACUUCCUUCAAAACCCACAGUUGUCCCUCCGCAAACUCCUCCGCGUUCCGUCAAUUCUGCGAUCGUAAGUAGCAGCCCAGUCAGUAUACCACGUACAAGCCCGUCAGCUCCAAUUCCGCUCAAUUCGGCUACUGGGCUCGUUGUACUAGGCACAAGCGGAAAAGUUGUACAGCCAAUGGCUCUCGUUAGUAGCACUCCAGUCCAGGCACCAACAACCGGAAUUGCCCGAGCUGUUAGCCCUGCCGCUGGAGGAAUCCGCAACAUGCAAUAUAAUUUAGGAGGAAUGAAUGCAGCUAACGUUAGUUCAUCCGGGUCUUCCAGAACUCUGCCUCCACCACCGGUUUCGACUGCCACCACAAAUAAUGAAGUUGGCGAAUUGACACCGGCGAGCCGUGGAUCUUCCGCUGGUACAAUGCAGUCAACUUCACCGCGAGUGGCCGUUUCAGCCUCUGCGGGCACGAAAGUCUUCACUACUACCAACAAUGAAGGCAAAGUCACUUUCCACGUCACGACGAGCGCCACUUUGCCGACAUCCACAUCUGCUGCAUCCGCAACUGGAACGGCUACGUCUGCUCAGCCCACAACGCCCAAAAAGUCGGCUGCUCUUGCACGAGGCAUUCCACCGCCAGUACCACCCAACAAGCCGGUCAUUCCUCCGAAGAAAUCUUCCACAGCCACUGCAACAUCCAUGGCCAGCAGUUCCGUUUCAGGUCAGAUGAUCAACCCGGUGGUUAUAUCUUGUUCGAAUAACCCACAGGUGACUACUGUAGACCAUGGCCGGCCAAUCAGCUUAGAAGUGCAUCCGGUGCACAAGGCUGGCCAAGUGGGUUCGCAUCAGGGUCUCAAGUUCGGCAUCACCAUUUCGAAAGAUAAGAUUCAAAUCAGCAGCAAUCCUCCUGAACAGGGAUUAGCGGAUCAAGAGGUCCGUGAAGCUGUCGUGCAGGUGGGUGAUGGUGUAGAUGAUGGUAGCCGUGACAGCCAAGCGCCCGGGCAUGAGAUUUCUCACGACAAUUCUUCUCAUUCCCCUCUUUCUCCCUCGUUUCUUGCUUUGCUGGAAAAAGAACUGGAAGAAUUCCAGCAGCUCCUCAGCAGCAUGGCUACUACCCCCAAUUCUUCUUUCGCCCCUUCAUCUCUUCCUUUAUCAGGUCCCGCUGGUUUGACAUCGUCCGCAUCUUCCAGCACUCCUGCGGAAGAGAGCAGCGGCGUUAUGCUGCAUAUGGGUGUUUGAGAUGGCCCACAUAUAAAGGACCAAGAAAGCCACUUAAAAUAUUUUACACGACAGUUGCAUCUUAAGCAAAAUUGCAUUGUUUUUAAAAAUUCAAUCGUGAAAGAUUCAAUGAUUGAGGAUAAGUUAAUGAAGAAGAAAACGCGUCGGUUUUAUUCGUCGUGUCUAGUCGUUUUUCAUUUCCAUCCUCUGCAAAAUUACUCACUCUCCUCUGUCUCUCUUAUCUCUCUACCCCCAUCUGUUUUAAGUAAAUUGGGCGUGAAUGAUUACCUGACGACCAUCACUUCUCAUGUGCACGAUUUCAAUUGUUAUUUUAAAUGAGUACUUCCUAACCUGGCGACUUUACAAAAAAAAAAGAGCAAAAUGUUUGUGUGUAUGCGUGUUAUAGGCAUAUCAUGUAAUUCGAAACUGACGUACUAUAUAUAAUUACCUCCCCCGGAUCGGUCCUUCCCUUUCUACAUUUAUACUCGGAGCCCCAUAUCCUUGUAAAUAUUUAUACAUAAUAUUAUCUAUACAUAGACACGAUAAGCGGGAAAGCGGCAGCUUCACGAGCUUGGGCCAUCAGGCGAAGUGAAUUCCAAUGUUUCAGCACACCCAUUUUGUGACUUGACGUGAAAAGACGACAGACCUCCCCUAAACUGAGUCAUAAUUCUUGUUGUUACUGUAUUUACUGUAUAAAUAAAAAGAGCUAGGAACGUAAA